CGGAGAUGCCGCUCUUUCUCACCUCAUGACUCCUUAUUCGGAGUUGAUCUUCCUGUAAACCACCCACUGCAAACCCUCCACGAUGCCUCUCUCAAUUCCAUCACUCAGGCCGUUUCCCCUAGGACCCUACAAUCAUAUCUUACAGCAUGGAAAAGUUUCAGGUCGUUUCACCAGGCUUUCAACAUUCCCUUCCCCGAUUUUUCUCUCCCCACCAUCACCUCCUACAUCUCCUUCCUCAACACUGCGAAUUGCCUUCAGCCCAGCUCUAUUAGAGGAUACUUGAGCGGAAUUCAGUUCUUCCACAAAUUAAUCUUCAACUCUCCAUCAACAGCCAUAACCAGCUCCCAAACAUCCAUGAUCAUCAAAGGCAUACAGAGAGCCCAACCCACCCGUCCAGAAGCCAGGCGACCCAUAACCCUGGAAAUUCUCACCAAAUGCAUCUCCACCCUCUGCAAAGGAUAUCACUCCACGCACGUUGCCCGAACACUCGACGCCAUGUUCACCUUGGCAUUCUUCGGUUUUCUAAGAUGCUCGGAAAUCUCCACCACAUCUAAAUUUGACCCCUUAGUUCACCCAACUGUGUCUGACCUACUAGUACUGGAUUCGGAGACGAUAUCAUACACAAUCAAGCAAAGCAAGACGGAUCAAACCAGGAGAGGACAUUUCAUCUACAUAUUCAACCUCCAGUCACCAAUCCAACCUUAUCAGACCCUCCUAGCCUACCUUCACUUCAGGAAACCUCGGACCACAGCCGCAUCAGAUCCCCUCUUCGUCGACGACUCUAAUCGCCCGGCCACACGCUUUUGGUUUCAAAAGCACCUCAAAGCCGUCCUGCUACAAUCCGGCAUCCCAGCAGACAACUUUUCCGGUCACUCCUUCCGCAUAGGAGCAGCUACCACAGCCGCCAAAAAGGGCCUCUCUCAGCCACAAAUCCAAGCGUUUGGUCCCUGGUCAUUGGAAGCUUUCAGAAGCUACAUCCGAACAGACCUCUCACUCAUCAGGGAAGCCCAUCGAACCCUCAUUUCCCGUAUCAUCUAAGCAACUCCUCUGUCGCCUUGCAGAGGAUCGAACCCCAACCACUUCAGCAGUAUAUUCCCCAGCGGGACACCUCACCAUAGCAGCAAUCACCAGCGCUUUGAUGUGAAGACUUGUCGCUCAAGACCGCCUCUGCAGGGGCCAGCACUCGCAUCUCGCGCUCCGCAGCGACAGACUUCACAGCUGAAGUCAGCAACGCCAUAAAUUAUUUCCGAAGAGGCCAGCGCUUCCAUCUCGAAUGUAGAAAUCAGCUUCACGAAGCCAGUAUCGCCGCAGUGACCGCCCCCGCAGGGGCCCGUGCCUCCUCCCGUGCUCUGCCGCAGCAGUCACAUCACAUCUCCUAUCCAAUCCCUUCCAACCACCUCCCUGAAGCCAGUAUCGCCGCAGCGACCGCCCCCGCAGGGGCCCAUGCUUCCUCCCGUGCUCUGCCGCAGCAGUCACAUCACAUCUCCUAUCCAUUCCCUUCCAACCACCUCCUUGAAGCCAGUAUCGCUACAGCGACUGCCCCCGCAGGGGCCCAUGCUUCCUCCCGUGCUCUGCCGCAGCAGUCACAUCACAUCUCCUAUCCAUUCCCUUCCAACCACCUCCUUGAAGCCAGUAUCGCCGCAGCGACCGCCCCCGCAGGGGCCCAUGCUUCCUCCCGUGCUCUGCCGCA